AUGUUUGACCGACCUAGCACAGCGGACGAAGGGAAGAUCCUAGCUGCGUUGGUCGGCGAUCCAAACGGAGCCGUUAGAGACGCCGCAGCCCAGCUACUGGUCGAUGUAUACAGACAUGUCGGUGAAAGGCUGCGUCAGGAUUUAAAGAAGAAGGAAUUGGUGCCCGCCCAGAAGCUGGCUUUACUGGAACAGAAGUUUGACGAAGCGAGAGAGGCUGGAUUGCUGUUACCCUCAGCAACCGUCGGCACGGACGAAGCUGACUUCGUAUCUAGAACUAUAAAACGGACCAUGACAAUACCGACAAGUCGUUGUCGAGAUGGGGACAGCGGUGCUUCUACUCCAGCUUGCGAAGUUAAGCGGACUGUGGGUGGGCUAUACAAUUUACCAUCAGCAAGCAGAAAACCACCGCCUCCGGCCAAAUUUACCAGUGCAUCUAGCGUAUCUACCGCAGUCGGUAGCGCCGGUGGCGAAGCGAGCGCCGUGUCGAGCGAGGCGUUUGAAGCUGCGUUUGCGCACGUUGCGCCUGCGGCGGUAUACGGCGCUAGGGGCUUGGACGACCUAUGUCGGCACGCUGCAGCGCUACUGGGAGAUAAAUCAGCCGAAUGGGAGAAAUGCGUUGACGCGUUAAUGAAAAUUCGUUCAUUACUUGCUGCUAACGCACACAUUCAAUACCCGACAGAGUUCUCAGCGCAUCUAAAGGACCUCUCUGUGCCUUUUCUAGUCGUGAUUAAAGAUCUGAGAAGUCAGGUUGUGCGCGAGGCGUGUAUAACUAUAGGUCACAUGGCCAAAGUAUUGAAGAACAAACUAGAGCAGUUCAGUCUGUAUAUUCUACAGGAGCUUAUUAAUCUCAUACAGAAUGCGGCCAAGGUUGUGUCGUCGGCCGGAACUGUGUGCGUUCGGUAUAUAGUCACAUACGUGCAUUCGCCGAGGUUAAUCCCUGUUCUUACAACUAACCUGACGACGCACAAGUCGAAGGAAAUCAGAUCUACUCUUAGUGAGGUGCUCGUUUUGGUGCUAGAGAGAUGGCCGCCGCAGACCAUUGAGAAACAACAACAAGUCAUCCACGAAGCUAUUAGACGCGCUUGCGUCGACGCUGACAGCACUGCAAGGAACCAUGGAAGGAGAGCAUACUGGUCGUACAAGAAGCAUUUCCCAGAAGACGCAGAACAGCUGUUCUCAAGAUUGGACUCGGCUGCGCAGAAGCAGAUCGAACGAGAGCGGAUAGGCAGUGUGGAUAGUCUUCAACAUAUUGGCACGGAAAGGCGAAUGAUCACGAGUCCGCGGAGUCCUUCCGCUUGUGUAUCCGCUGGCGUAUCAGCGAGAUCUGUAAGCGCAGUGGACGCAGCGGCCGCUCAACGUGCAAAAGCAAGGGCUUUGUAUUCGCAUCUCGCCAGAAACAAGGUCGCCGCGGGAACUGCGAGCUUGCCGCGUGCAAAGCGGUCACCAGUAAGCGGCACUGUGGCGCCAUCUCCUGAGCGAACUGUAAGGUCUAGAUCCAGACCGGGCGUCUCUCAAUCACAACCUACAUCACGCUCUUCAUCACCCUCAUCACGAAGUGGACCAGUGUCUCUAACCAGCGCAAGACGAAGGCCAUCCGGGAUACCUAGAUCUCUAGCGGGUUCUAGGGAGACCAGUCCUACUAGAACGGGUCGUUCAAGUAGUGUUGUGGGCAGCGUAAGAAGAAGAGAGUCCGUCGAACGAUCGCAGAGACCGCCCACUUCCACUCUUAGGCUACUCCAACAAUCGAGGGAUGCUGAGUCUACUUUAAGGAGCCCGGAUGACAACUCUGCCUGCGAUGGCAGAAGAGAUGACGACUCGGAAGCAUCCAGCGUAUGUUCAGAACGGAGUCUUGACUCUUACAGACGACAUGACAGUCUUACAUGA